AUGGGGCUCUUUGUGCUCUACACUUCACGGCGCUUCGCCCGGUACAUUGCGGCGACGGGGGCAGUCGUUAUCUUCCUGAUUGUGGGCGUCCAGACUCGGGUCCAGCAGGUCGAUUUUAGCCUGCCGAUUCAAGCAACCUCGGAAGUGAACGACAUCUUUGACUUUCCCCCGAUCGAGUCCGAAGCCAUAAAGUCGGUGUGCGCGGCCACGGAGUGGGACACGAGGACGGAGAUGGAGGUGGUCUUCACAUGCGAGAACUCCGUUGGCGGCGUAGGAAACGUUCGCAACUCGGUGCUUAAUUGCGUGCGGUACGCAAUGUUGGCGGGGGGUUCUCUAGUCAUGCCCAGAAUCGUCGCGCGCGACGACUCGGACAUCAACGUCAUACGAACAGGCGAAAGACGAGAACUGGGCUACAUGUUUGACGUGGAGCACUUUGUCAAGUCACUGCGUCUAUCAUGUCCGCAACUGCGCCUAUACAACAAUACUGACGCCGCUUUCAAGGUCCUCGGUCAACCGAGAACAUUCACAAUGGGGCUAACUCCUGAAUUGUUGGUUAACGAAAACGGAACACCCAAUACUGGUAUCUCGCACCCAGAACAGUGGAAAGAAAAGCUCUACGAGUGGCUUGGGCAGGUCGACACCGGAAUGGGACCUACCGGACGGCCAACCCAAGGCCCCUUCGUCGUAGAGCUUGGACGUUCUUAUUUGUCGUUCCCGAUAUACAGCGACGGCGACGGCUUUGCUACGUCUUUUGGAGAUAUAUUGAAGUUUAGAGCCGAUACACGACAGCUUGCGACAAAAACGCUGCGCCGCAUGGCUGAACAGUUCAACUUCGAGUCCACGCUCCUGAAAGCUGUCUCAACCGCCAACACAAGCUCCCCUAUGAAUCCCAUUCUCGAGAAUGCCUACUUCGGAGCCCAUCUUCGUGUAGAGAGAGAUGCCCUACUUAAUUGGACCCCGACCGACGAAAUGUGGGCGUGGUCCGACUACGGCAAGCAGACGGCGGCGUACAUGGAGCAAGCCAUGAGCGCAAAUCUCUCCCUAAUCUACGUGGCGUCCGGCGAAACGGCUCAUAUCGAGACGUUCAAACAGGAGGCUGCGACCAAAGAGAUCACCGUCGUCAAGAAGCAGGAUGUCCUCGGCAAGGACUUGGAAAAGCUGGACAAGCUGGCUUGGGACCAGCAGGCCCUAGUGGAUUGUCUGGUGAUGCUCAGGGCCUCGCAGUUCGGCGGGGUAGCUCAUUCGAGCUUUGCGUGGAACGUCGCCUUGAAGAGGCAUCUUUUUGUCAAAGACCCGAAGAAGAGCUACCUCGAUGGGCCUCAGAUGUUGAGCGAUGAGUUCAGCCAGGUGUAUGGCGAACCAAGGAAGUACCCCGAGUAUGCUUUUUGUUUGUGGCCAUAG